GGUGACGUCAAAAGGAGUGUAGUCUGAAGCUGUUGAAAUAGGACAAGCUGUAACACUGAGAAACAUUCAGAGCGGUAGAAUGGAGUGACGCGAGGAGUCGAGGACGCGAAACACGCACGUUCUUCCGAAACCUAAUUCAAUAAAAAGCCAGCUGCGCCACGAGACUAAUCUGCAAACGGACAGAAGGUGGAACUAAGAAUCUUUUGCCGUCUCGACUGAAUACGCCUGUGACUGAUCUGGUUAACGGCGCUUACAUAUUUUUUAUUCGCCAGUGGAAUACGACAGGGUGGCACCGAUGGGCCGGUUGAGUCUUUGGGCGAUUCCUCUCCUGCUGGGCGUGUCCCUCCAGCCAGCCGACGGGUGGAGGACCGAGUCUACGGACAACAGGGUGGAGAACGCCACGCAGAGACUCCACCUCAGGCAAAUUGGAGGGGACGAUGGGAAGACCAACACAUUUCGCCUCGACGCUGAAGUUCCCCGGGGGGCCUGCAGGAGGCGGUAUUGCGGCAGGGGGCGCCAGUGCGUCCUCUCGGAGCAGACGGGGGCGGCGGCGGCGGCGGCGUGCGUGUGCCAGGACAGGUGCCGGCCCACCUUCGUGCCCGUGUGCGGCUCGGACGGGCGCUUCUACCAGAACCACUGCGAGGUCUACCGGACGGCCUGCCUGCAGAAGAGGCGGGUCCACGUGGUGCACGGCAAGGACUGCUUCUUCAAAGGCGACGCGUGCACGAUGGCGGACUACAACAAGCUGAAGAGCACGCUGCUGGACCUGCAGCCCCGGAACCGCUCCAGCUCGCCGGGCCAGACGCAGGAAAAGCGAAUGGACCAGAAGAGGGCCGUGGUGGACUCCAUGUUCAAGUACCUGGACGUGAACGGGGACGGCCGUCUGGAGAGCCCGGAGCUGGCUCAGAUAUCAACGAAGGACCACCUGGAGGACAGCGUUCUGGAAUGUUCCAUGCAAGACCUGAUCCGUUACGAUGACUACAACAGCGACGGUCACCUGUCUCUGCAGGAGUUCUACACUGCUUUCCAGGUCAUACAGCUCAGCCUUCCGGAAGAGAAGAGGGUGAGCGUCUCCACGGUAACCGUGGGCCUCAGCACGGUGCUGUCCUGCGGUAUCCAGGGAACGCUGCGGCCGCCAAUCAUCUGGAGGCGGAACGGAAUUGUGCUCAACUUCCUGGACCUGGAGGACAUCAACGACUUCGGUGACGACGGCUCGCUCUACAUCACCAAGGUGACGACCAUUCACAUGGGGAAUUACAGCUGCCACGCCUACGGGUACGAAGAGCUCCAGCAAACCCAUGUGCUCCAGGUGAAUGUACCCCCAGUGAUCCUGGUGUACCCCGAGACUCAGGCGCAGGAGCCCGGAGUAGCCGCCAGCCUGCACUGCUACGCCGACGGCAUCCCCAGUCCCAGAAUCCUCUGGCUGAAGAACGGCAUGGACCUGCAGCCCAGAGGAUCCAAGCAGCUCAGUCUGAGAGCGAACGGCAGCGAGCUCCACAUCGGGAGCGUGCGCUACGAGGACACGGGGGCGUACACCUGCAUCGCCAAAAACCAGGUGGGCGUGGACGAGGACAUCUCCUCGCUGUUCGUGGAGGACUCCGCCAAAAAGACGCUCGCUAACAUACUGUGGCGAGAGGAAGGACUGAGCGUGGGGAACCUGUUCUACGUUUUCUCCGACGAGGGGAUCACCAUCCUGCAGCCCAGCGAGUGCGAGAUUCGGAGGCGCAUCAAGCGAACCGAGAGGAUACUGGCCAGCUACGAGGAGAUGUGCCCCAAAGCCGACGGAGACGCUCCCCACCGCUGCUCCUGGGCCGCGGCCGUCAGCGUCCGGGACAGAUACGUCUACGCCGCCCAGCCUCUCCAGAACCGCCUGCUGAUCAUAGACACCCAGGCCCAGAGGGUCGCGCAGGUGGUGCAAACGGACCCCGUGCCGGUGAAGCUGCACUACGACAAAUCGCACGACCAAAUCUGGGUGCUCAGCUGGGGGGACCUGCGGAAGUCUCACCCCUCCCUACAGGUCGUGUCCCAGGCAAGCGUGGGCGAGGAACACCACGUCAUCCGCACCCAGUUCCGCAGAGUGGACGACUUCUUCAUCCCUCCCACCAACCUCGUCAUCACGCACGUCAGAUUCGGUUUCAUCUUCCUGAGGUCCGAGCCCGCGGUGCACAAGAUCGACCUGGAGACGUUCCACCGCGUCAAGACCAUCAGCCUGAAGAACUACAGCUGCGUGCCGGCCGGCAUGGCCUACACGCACCUGGGCGGGUUCUACUUCGUCCAGUGCCGGGGGGCCAACCGCACGUCCGCCGAGCCGCAGCUCCUCAUCGACGGCGUCACCGACUCCGUCGUCGGCCGCAACGGCGACGUGGCGGGCCGGCCGCACGUGUCCUCGGACGGUCGCUACGUGGUCACCGCGGACCCCGGGCGGCGGCGCGUCCGCGUGCAGGCGGUCAGCCUGCAGGGGGCGCUGCAGGCCAGGCGCGACCUGGAGACCGCCAUGCGGGUCUCCGACCUCGCCUUCCACCCGUCCUUCACCGAGUCCAACCAGUACACCGUGGUGGCCAGCUCCGAGACGCACGGCGAGCUGCUAUUCGCCGACCUGUCCACGGGGCGGAGCCAGGUUCUGGAGAACCUCAAAGACCCCGUCCCGUCCAGGUCCUGGCCCUGGAGCGGGACCAACAGGGUGGUGGUGUCCAGCGGGCUCUUCGGGCAGUACCUGGUCACUCCUGCGGCACGAUCCCUCUUCGUGUUGGACGGGAAACAGAGCGGGCCGCACUGCGAGGUUUCGGACAUCGAGAGAGGUAACACGGUGGUGUGGGUCGGGGAGGUAUGAGCGGAGGAGCCGCGGCGAAGGAUUUCAGUUCACGCAAAAAAAAUAAAAAUAAACGAAACGACAAAAAACAAAAAAAAAAACGUUAGAAGUGAUGUACAUGGACUCAACCCUGGGACUGAGCAGAAGGAGCACAAACGUUGCUAUUGUCCUAAUAAUUGGAAACAAAACAAAAAGGUUUAAAAAAAGAGUAAUCGGAAAAUCAAUUGGGGAAAACACGGCAAGAUGUUUUUACUGGGACAAAACGAUGGAUCCCUUCAGUGCAACAGUGAUCUACGUGCACUUAUCUAACCAGAGUUGUACAUUAUUGCACUUCCUUGUGUCACUGCAGAUAGCCGUCAGAGGAAAGGAGAAAUGGUGUUAUUUUGAAACGGAACUAUGCACAAAGCUCACUUUUAUUUAUUUAUUUUCUAGAGUAAUGCUUUCUUUUUUUGGUCCAUGAUGUCUGUCGUACACCAGUGCUGCAAAUAGUCACUAUAAGAAGUCUGUCUGUCUGUGUGUCGGUCCCUUUCUGAACCCAAUGUCCUUUUGUUCAUUGUAAUUGUACAUGUUCAUGGUAUUGUAAGUAUUUUAUAAAAACCUUUAAUCUCAACCAGCACAGGUUGGCUUGAAACCUUGUCGUAUCUUAUGAAAUAACGAUUCUGUUGUCUUUUCGUACACUUUCCAAAGAUAUCUUUAAGCCCUCUCUUGACACAGCCAAUAUCACGCCUAGGACGAAAUAUUAAACGGAAAGACUGGUAUUCUGCAUAUUCAAAAAUGUCCAUAAUGAUUAUGUAUGAUCUGUCGCCCCUCUGGUUGAUUUAACCUCAGUGAUGUCGUGUGAAGUCCGUUUAAUUGUAAGCAUUUAAGGCUCCUGCAAGAAUCGAUGUGCAAUCCUACACAAGCGACUCCACUCGAAUGAAGACGUCAGCUGCUUUGGUCCGCCCCCGCCCCCCCCCCC